GCAAUUGUUCCUCCCCCUCCACUCUCCCUCACCAACACCACCAAAAACCUCGAAACCCCUCCACUAAUGGCGACCCCUCUCUCUCUCCUCCUCCCCUCCUCCUCCUCCUCUAAACCCUCGUCCCCACUCCACUCCACACUCUCCAAUCCCCUCCCCCCCAAAUCCAUCUCCUUCCCCAGAUCGUGGGGUACGAGUGGGAACCCUAGAAAGAUCGUGUUGAGGGCGAGAUCGGAGUCUACGCCGCCGGAUCCACCAAUGGCGGCCGUGGGUGCGGAUCUGGAUGUGUCGAUCAGUCCGCGGGUGAGCUCGCUCAAGCCCUCGAAGACGAUGGCGAUCACCGACCAGGCCACGGCGCUCGUCCAGGCCGGGGUCCCCGUCAUCCGGCUCGCCGCCGGAGAGCCCGAUUUCGACACCCCCGCCGCCAUUGCCGAGGCUGGUAUUAAUGCUAUUCGGCAAGGUCACACGAGGUACACUCCCAAUGCCGGCACGUUGGAGCUGAGGAAAGCUAUUUGUCAUAAGCUUUUCGAGGAGAAUGGGUUGUCGCAUACUCCAGAUCAGAUUCUGGUCAGUAAUGGAGCUAAACAGUGUAUCAUGCAAGCCGUGCUCGCGGUUUGUUCACCUGGUGACGAGGUUCUAAUUCCUGCACCGUAUUGGGUCAGCUAUCCUGAGAUGGCUAGGUUGGCUGAUGCAACGCCAGUUAUUCUUCCAACAGAUAUAUCGGAUAAUUUCCUUUUAAAACCAGAGUUCCUUGCUUCGAAAAUUAAUGAGAGAUCAAGGCUGCUGAUCAUUUGUUCACCAUCCAAUCCCACCGGGUCUGUUUAUCCUAAGGAGUUGCUCGAAGAGAUAGCUGAUAUAGUUAGGGAGCAUCCGAGGCUUCUUGUGUUAUCUGAUGAGAUUUACGAGCAUAUUAUUUAUCCACCAGCAAAACAUACAAGCUUUGCCUCACUCCCCGGAAUGUGGGAAAGAACUUUGACUGUAAAUGGAUUUUCUAAGGCUUUUGCGAUGACUGGUUGGCGACUCGGAUACCUUGCAUGCCCUAAGCACUUUGUAGCAGCUUGUGGGAAGAUCCAAAGCCAGUCCACUUCAGGAGCUAGUAGCAUUUCUCAGAACGCCGGACUGGCGGCCUUAAAUUUAGGUUAUGCCGGGGGUGAAGCAGUUUCAACCAUGGUGAAAGCGUUCCAGGAGCGCCGAGAUUUCUUGGUUAAAAGUUUUAAGGAAAUUCCUGGUGUGAAAAUAUCAGAGCCCCAGGGUGCCUUUUAUUUGUUUGUGGAUUUUAGCUCCUUUUACGGAUCUGAAGUUGAAGGGUUUGGCAUUAUUAAGGACUCGGAAUCCCUUUGUCGUUUCCUCUUGGACAAAGCACAGGUCGCGCUUGUUCCGGGAGACGCAUUUGGGGAUGAUAAGUGCAUUCGUAUUUCCUACGCCGCGUCCCUAUCUACACUUCAAGCAGCUACGGAGAAGAUAAAGGAAGUCAUUAAUCUACUAAAGCCCGCUGUUGCUGUUUAAUGAUUUGUAUACUUGAUGUCAGGAUUUCUCUAGUUAGGAUGCGGAAAAGGAAAAUGGAAGAUCAAUUUGAUUUAUCCGAGAACAAUAAGCAGAUAAGUGCUUUUCCUUAAAAGUUGUGUACCAUUGUUAGUUGCAGGUUUUUGUUAGGAAAACCUGCUUGAUGUAUCAUUCAAUAACUCCGUUUUCCCGUCAGAAACAUCAUCAAAUUUGUUGUAAUCUUGUGUAUUAUGAAGGUCUAUUUUUAAACAUCUCCAAAACUUUGGUGCAA